AUGCCAGAAGCCAUAGAAUACUUAACUGGAACCGAGAUUUGUCAGAAAUGCAAAACCGAGAAUGCCAUAAUACAUGCAAGGGUGGAAAAGUUAUGCUCAAACUGUUAUAUACGUUUUAUUCGUGGUAAACUUAGAAAACAAAUGCACGAUGAGAGAUACAAAGUCAAAUUUGGAAGAGCGAUUGAACAAUACGGAACUCAAAGAAUACUUCUAGCUCUAUCGGGAGGCGAGUCGUCUUUGGUUCUAUUAGAUAUUCUUGGCUCCUUAUUGCAAGAACAGAAUGAACUACAUAAGGGCAAACAAGGAUUUGAAUUAGUUGUUGUUAAUUUGGAUGAAUAUGAAUUAAGUAGCUUGAACAACAGGAUCAAGUAUACAAUUCCAGGCCUUUUGAAAACAUACCAGCCAGUUAAAAUAGAUUUGAAAGUUUUAUCUUUGGAUUCAUAUAUUGAUGAGGAUUGUUUGCACAGGAUUUCAUUAACUCCAGAUUUUAAGGCUUUGCUGAAGCGUAUCAACCCAACACGAGUGACGUUGACUGAAAUAUUGCAACUUUGCCCAAACAAGUCUUCUGCAGAGGAUUUAUUGACAGUUGUAUAUAAUGACUUGAUUCUAAGGGUAGCGGCAAAGGAGAAUUGCCAAACAGUUGUAUAUGGCCAUUGUAUGACUCGUCUAGCCAACGAGAUUAUUGCCUUGACAGUUAAGGGUCGUGGGUCAAUUAUUCACAAAUCAAUUGCUGACCAUAUUGAAAUUGUUGCCGAUAGGGAAAUAAAAGUCAUGUUCCCAUUAAGAGAAAUUUUGCAAGCAGAAAUAUCAGCGUAUGUAAAGUUGGCCGAGUUAAACAAAUACGUCAUACUGUCGACAAUUGCAAAAUCCAAGAUAAACAAGAAUUUGACUAUUAGAGAUUUGACUACAAACUAUUUUAAGCAACUUGACGCAACUGGAUAUGCAUCGACGGCAUCUACGGUAGCAAAAACAGGCGAGAAAUUGGGAAGUCCAAGUAAUGUAUUAUGCCAAUGUCAAAUUUGUGGUGCUGAUAUUCAUCAGAAUCCAAGCAAUUGGUUGAAAAGAAUCACUGUUACAGAUCCUGCUCCUAUCAUUACCAGUGAAGAAAAAGAGUAUUACGAAAUGUUCCAAGCCAGUUUAUCCUUAGGCAAGGAAGAUAAAACUGAUGGUGCUGACCCAAUAGAUAUUUGCUUUGGAUGUACUGUAACACUCGGUGGAGUCAAGGGAGAUACUGGAUUCGUCUGGCCAUUGCACGGUAGUCUGGAAUUAAAGUACGAGUAUCUUAACGAUGACCAGGAGAGACAGAAGGUUUUGAAUGAGUUUGUUUUGACUGAUGAUGAAAGUGAAACAGAGGUGUAG